GUUCGGACAUGUUUGGGUGCAGCUAUGUCGCCGAUGUCGUGUGGGUAGUCUGGGCAGCCGCGGCUGCCACCCGCGGAGAUGACGCGGCACUAGGCUUUCUCACGUCAAGUGGUAUCGCCUUCAUGAUCACAUGGUAUAGCCUACGGACGUACGAUCGCCACGCGUUCACGGCGCUGGUGCAUGCGGAAUGGGGUCUCUGGUCGUCGUCGGCAUUCUUGGGUGUCGUGUCGCGGAUCGUGGACGCCCUUGUGCACGUCGUGCUGCCAUGCGUCAUGCUAUGUUGGCAUUUCAGCCGAGUGAAGCUGUGGAUGAGUCCCGUGGCCAUGCUGGUGGCCGUGGGGAUGCACCGCCUUCGGCAUCGUUGCCCGUCGUUGCCAUUCCAUCGGUUUGUCUUUUACCAGUUUACGCCCCGUCGAUCGCGGCACUUCUGGGAUGCCGCGCUCACAAUGGACGUCCUCAUCCAUGGAUCUCUUCCACUGUUUUGCCAUGUUGCGCUCGAGCACCCCAUGCUUUUGUACGUGAACACGUUGCUUCUGGGAACUGUCGUGAUCGGUCUGCACAUGCUUCGAUCGAUGCUACUUCCAAAAGUCCGCGGUGCCGCCGCCGACAUCAUGCGGCGGCUCCUGGCGCAAGGAAACAUCCACCCUGCUAGUGCCAUGCUCCCAAGGGUUACUGCCACAGACGAACAAGUGCAUACACCGCCCCUUCACAUGGUCGUCCACGACGAACAUUUGUGGCUCGACUGGAUGAGUGAUGGUCUCGUGGCCAUUGGCGAGUCAUAUGUAUCGGGGCAAUGGAGUCUUGGGCCAGACGUCGUUGACAUAUCAAUCCACGUCGACACGGUUGUCCAUCGCUUACUAACACUCCCCGUUGAAGCUAGACGGGACAUGUACCAGUCGUGGCCGGCCAGAUGGGUAUCGCUAGCUACGCGGGUGUGCCAGUAUCCGUCGUCCGCGGCGUGCCAUGUUGUCGACCCAGUGCAACACGACCCAUUGGACGACGACGAUUCUGUAUGUCGAGUUUUCGGCACGUACCAAGGGCGUGGGUUGUGGCAGGACGGCGACACUCUGAAUAUGGCCCAAGACCGAGCGUUGCAUGCGAUGGCGUUGAAGCUGUCGUUGGUACCAUAUAUACAUGGAUACCCUAAAACUAUUCUAUCCAUUGAAGCUAUCGCUGCUGUGGUGUUUUUAAACAUGAAUAUAGACUCGUGGCCAUCUGGUGCUCGACUUGAACUUGGGGUAUGGUGGCGGCGUCGGUUGCUUUUUGGCCACGCAGUUCCACGUACAAGUGAUUUCAAUCGUACAAUCUCGACACGAACAGAUUGCAGCCAUCCAAUUGGCCCAGCAGGCCAACAUCGAGUCGCAUGUCCAGUUUAUUCUGCUUGCCGAUAUGCCACAUCUGGCGCACAUGUUAGACCAAUUGCCGAGUGGUUUUGACGCGAUCACAGCGUCAAACGUGUUGGAAUGUGCCAAUGCGGACGAUUUAACGCGAAUCUUGGGUUUGUUAAAAGCCAAACUUGUCGGAAAGGGUCGACUCGUGCUGGACGUAACUACUACCCCGCAUCGCGCCAAUACAUAUGCUUGGACCAACAAGUACAUGCCAAAGUACUCGAAGCGCGCGUUAUCGUAUGCGACGGUCCGCAGUGCCAUGACCGACGUGGGCUGGGUCGUAACCGACGUGACUAACUGCAGCGACCAGUAUGAUGCCAUGUACGUGAUGUGGCAUGCUCGCUUUCACGCGGCGGCGGCGGCGGCGCUGCCCGAUUCCGCCCGACGAACAUGGGAGUUUUACCUGCUGCACACGGCGGCGUGCUAUCGAGCUCGAAAUCUCCAAGCGUUUCAAAUGACCUUGUCAUGACGAUGGUGCUGCUGAGCUAUUCUAAGUAGUCGACAUGUGCCCACCAUACCUAUAUUAGUGUAGGAUUGUCAACGUAAUCGAUAAUGCCUAGAAUUAGUGUGUAU